AUGACAAGUUAUGCACGACCAAUAAGCAGUAUAGAACUCGUACUGCCACCACAGAAUGCAUAUCUCUACCGCAACAAGCCUUUGCCUCUGCCUCCAACAAUACCAUCAAGACAGUCAUCAAAAGCAAAACCAGCUGCAAGAUUCAGUGCCUUCCCGAAAACCUCGGGGCCAGGAAACGAUCCCAAGGCAUUGCCUCAACAGCCUCCUGUGGUAGUCCCGAAAGCGUUGACAAGACAGCGCGCAUCACGGAUGAGCAUAUCAGGUGCUACAUCUUUGCGUGAAAGGCGAUCUUCUCAAAAGAUUCAGCAAAUUACCGGUCACGACAUCGGUCCUGGUAUCGACUGGACAUCUCCUACAACUCAUGCUCCCUAUUCACCUUCCAUCUCGCCCAAAUCCAUCCGAGACGAUUCAUCCAGUGGCUACAGCAUCUCGCUAGACGAGCCUAUAUUCGACGAUGAGCCUACACCACUUGCGAGUUACCAACCGAGAUCUUCCGACAGCAGUAUGCCUCCGCUAGAGCCGGAUUGUGAUAGUGUACUGAGCAAUCAGAGCUAUGGAGCCCCAGAGUCACCGACAACUCAUAGAGGAUCUAUCUCAUUACAGGUGGAAAAGACGAGACGCCUGAGUAGCAUAGCCUCUACGCUGGCUGCAUUAGACCCUCCCCCAAACCUGGACAACCCAUUUGACGAAGAUGUCAACUGGCAAGCAGGUUCUUCUUAUAACUAUUUUAGCGACCUUGAGACGGCAGAUGAGUAUCAUCGAAUCGCGACUAGACUGGCCAACAACGACAAACGCCAGUCAGUAUGUGGAACCUCACCCCUUACUCGAUCUCGCAGUUCGCUCAGUCGACGACUUAGUGUGUCAGCGCGGUCACUAUUUACACGAAAAAGGGAUCCGGCUCUGUCUGCCAGCUCCAGCCGAGCGUCUCUGACUGCCGUCAAUCAUCCUACUAAGGGGCCUUAUUCGCCCUCGAUUCCUCCCUCGUCAGAUGCUGCCAGCGUGAUAUCUCCCCCUCGAAGUACGUUCGAGAUUGAUGAUGAUGAAGAACUCGAUGGUGACGAUGGCAGUGUGCAAGGUGUUCUUAAGGACUUCUUCGCACGCAGGAGCGAGGAACAUUCAUCGGUUGAGCUGGGAACAACUCGUUCGAUGCCCCAAGUUCCAGAGCAGUCGCAAGAACACAAAACUCUUUCAAUGUCAGGGGUACAGGUCAAAGACUUACUUACGAGUGCGCGUGACGGCGCGAGGUUGAUUCAGGUUGCCAGAGGUGAGAGGAGAAGAACACAACUUAGGCAUCAGAUCAAGGUGAUUCCGGAGGAGGAAGUUGGACGAUGA